UUAGGUCUUUGUUUAUUGUUAUGGAUGUUCUACUGUGCAUGAAACUGAGCUAUUGCAUGGAGGUAGAUUUGUGCAUACCUGUUCGCUUGGAUCACCAAAAGCCAGAAAAGCAACUCCACCGGCGAGUGGAGAGGAUAAAUGAAAAACAAAUUGUUUUCAGGCUAAGUGCGUUCAGACAGGAGUUUUACCUCCACCUCACUCCGGAUUCUAAUUUCCUUGCGCCCAGCAGCGUGCCCCCUGAGAGCGGCUCCUCAGCAUCCAACGCCUCUGCAGCCACUGAGCUCAGGCAGUGCUUCUACUCCGGUGAUGUCAACGCAGACCCGGAUUCGUUCGUUGCGCUCAGCCUCUGCAAAGGUCUCCAGGGGGUUUUCUCGUAUAACGGCAUGGAGUAUUUCAUCAGCCUGCUCAGGAGCGAAGGCGCAUCAGCCGCUACAUAUGGAAAGGCUUUCAACAGGACGCACGUCAUCCGUCGCCGGGGACGCGCCGCUCACCCAGGUGGCAAUUUCACCAGCAGGUGCGGAGUGGCACCUAACACCGACUUCAACGUGUCAUUGGAGAAAUACAAGUACAUGAGGGAGCUGGAGAUGGAUGGCCUGACUGAAACUGUCCUGAAAAGCUUAGGGAGGUCAAAAAGGUUUGCCUCCAUCCCCAGGUUUGUGGAGGUCCUGGUGGUAGCGGACGAAUCAAUGGACAAAUUCCACGGAGAUGACCUCAAGCAUUACCUCUUGACCCUGAUGUCUGUGGCGGCCAGGCUUUACAAGCACCCCAGCAUUCUCAACUCCAUUAACAUAGUGGUGGUAGGCUUUAUGGUGAUAAAUGAGGCUGACAAGGGACCGAAGGUUUCCAGUAAUGCAGCUCUGACUCUACGCAAUUUCUGCUCUUGGCAGAAGAAGUUGAAUAAACACAGUGACAAGCACCCCGAAUACUGGGACACGGCUAUACUCUUCACCAGACAGGAUCUCUGCGGGGCCACAACUUGUGACACACUGGGAAUGGCUGAUGUGGGAACCAUGUGUGACCCCAAGAGGAGCUGCUCUGUCAUUGAGGAUGAUGGCUUGCCCUCAGCUUUCACCACCGCCCAUGAACUAGGCCAUGUCUUCAACAUGCCCCAUGACAAUGUAAAGGCAUGUGAGGAGGUAUUUGGGAAACUAAGGGACAACCACAUGAUGUCUCCCACGCUGAUUCAGAUCGACAGGAACCGGCCCUGGUCUGUGUGCAGCGCAGCCAUCAUUACUGAGUUCCUGGACAGAGGUCAUGGGGAGUGUCUGCUGGACCAGCCCCAGAGGCAGCUGUCUCUCCCUGACAACCUGCCUGGCUCCAGCUACAGCCUGCAUCGUCAGUGUGAGCUGGCCUUUGGAGCGGGCUCCAAGCCCUGCCCCUACAUGCACCCCUGCUCCAAGCUGUGGUGCACUGGGAAGGCCCGUGGGCAGCUGGUCUGCCAGACCCGACACUUCCCCUGGGCAGACGGCACCAGCUGCGGCAAUGGCAAGGUCUGCUACCGAGGGGCCUGCGCCGAUAAGAACAGCACCCUGCACAUCAAGGUGGACGGCCGGUGGGGGAAGUGGGGUGCGUUUGGAGACUGUUCCCGAACUUGUGGUGGAGGAGUUCAGCUGGCCAAGAGAGAGUGUGACAACCCCGUUCCAGAAAAUGGUGGCAAAUACUGCUAUGGCCUUCGCAUCAAGUAUCGCUCCUGCAACCUCAACCCUUGUCCUGAAACAGCCUCAGGAAAGAGUUUCCGUGAGGAGCAGUGCGAGGCGUUCAACGGCUUCAACCUGAACACCAACAGACUCAGCUCCUCAGUGGUUUGGGUUCCCAAGUACUCAGGCAUCUCGCCCAAGGACAAAUGCAAGCUCAUCUGCCGUGCCAAUGGGACCGGAUACUUCUACGUCCUUGCUCCAAAAGUGGUGGACGGGACGCCCUGCUCGCCCGACACGUCAGCUGUGUGUGUCCAGGGAAAAUGCAUCAAAGCGGGCUGUGAUGGCAAGCUGGACUCCAAUAAGAAGUUUGACAAGUGUGGCGUGUGUGGCGGGGACAACCAAGGCUGCAAGAAAGUCUCAGGAAUGUUCACCAAACCCAUACAUGGCUACAACUUUGUGGUGACGCUGCCUGUCGGAGCCUCCAACAUUGACAUCCGCCAGCGAGGCUACCGAGGAAUGGUCAGCGACGAAAACUACUUGGCGGUGAGGAACCGGCACGGCAAGUACCUCCUGAACGGAAACUACGUGGUGUCGGCGGUGGAGCGGGACCUGCUGGUGAAGGGCAGCCUGCUGCGCUACAGCGGCACCUCUACAGCCGUGGAGAUGCUCCAAGCCACCAGGCCUCUGCUGGAGCCCCUGACCGUGGAAGUGCUUUCCGUAGGGAAGAUGACUCCUCCAAGGGUUCGCUACUCCUUCUACGUAGCCAAGGAGAGCAAGGAGGAGAAGACCCUGCGGAAAGAAGAGAGGAGCCACGCGGCCCAGAACAGCGUCUUGGCGGAUAGUAACAAAGUGGAGGCGAAGAAGCAGGUGCUAGAUAAGCGGCCGGUGAGUCAGUGGGUGACAGGGGGAUGGGAUGAGUGCACAGUGACUUGCGGGAAUGGGCUGCAGAAGAGGCUGGUGCAAUGCCAGAGCGUGGAGGGACGUCCCGCAGCGGACUGUGAUGGCGCUGCAAGGCCAGUAGCAACGAGGGCAUGCGGGGAUCCCUGUCCAGUAUGGGACAUAGGGUCCUGGUCUCACUGCUCCAAGUCCUGUGGGAGGGGCUUUAAACGGCGGCCCCUACGCUGCGUUACCACCAGUGGUCUGAGUCUACCCAGAGAGCAUUGCUCCAGUAAGAAGAAGCCUCAGGAACUGGACCUCUGCAACCUGAGGCCAUGUUAG